AAUCCUAGUCCUGGCUGUAAUGUGUGUAGAGGCCUGAGGGGGCAGUAAAGAGCCGCCGGUCCGGGGAUCUGACGGUAAGUGUUAAAACAGUAGAAGAAGAAGCAUCAUACAUUCUCCCCACGAGGACCAACAUGUCUCCGCCAGGAGGAAAAAUCAACAGGCCGAAAACAGAACUCGGCAGGAAUCUGAACAAGCGGCGGCGAGUUCUGAGCAGAGAGAAGAGGAAGAGACGUCUGAUAGUCGGAGCCGUGAUCGACGAGGGACUCAUCACCAUCCAUCACCUGAAGAAGAGAAAGUCGAGUGCGCGGGCGAACAUCACGCUGUCUGGGAAGAAGAAGAGGAAGUUGAUCAAACAGCUGCAGCACAUGCAGCAGGAGAAGGCCAGUAUGGAAGUGGCCGCUGCGGCAGCAGCGGCGCCGAAGAAACCGGACUCCUCGUCUGCUCCGACCAAGAAGAAGAAUAAGAAGAAGAAGAAGAGAGCAGCCGGGUCACAUGAUGACGUAGAGAUGGCCGACGCCGAAUGACGAGAGGACAGAAUCACGGCUCGUUUCUCAGACGCGUAGAGCAGCGUCCCGUCUUCCUCCUGAACCGAGAGACGGGACGCGGUCCACCUUGGAACAGAACUCU